UUUAGUACCUACUAAAAUCAUCCUAGAUUCUCCCCAAUCUUAACAUCUAUCAACCUCCUCUCCUCCUCCUCCCUCCUCCUCCUGUGCCGCUAUUACUAUUAUUACGCUUUCUAUCCCGAGGCCCCCACUUUGGCCCAAGUCCUACUACGUAUCCAUCUUGCCUAUCGUCCGCUACCGUCCCGCGGGGAGGAACCGACGAGAUGGAGAAGACCGAUCCGCCGUCCCCCGCGCCCUCGAAUAGCGCCAACAACCUCUCUGAGGCCGCCGAUGACAUCUUCCAAAGCCAAUUCCAGCAGCUGAUCCAGCAUAACGCCUCGGCUCCACCCAUCGAUGUGCACAACCACAUAAGCUCGAACCCACACUCGCGGUAUUCCAGUCCGGCGCCGCAGCCGCAGUUGACCAUGCCCGUGUACGAUCACGGGUCUCCCUACGCCGCGACGGCGGCCCCUUCCACCUCGUCGUACAGCGGCUAUCAGCAGAGCUACAUAGAGCCCAGCCCGUAUCCUCAGUUACCGGAUACGACGUCAUCAUUGACACCUCACAACGCAUACAGCACUCCUGCGACAUCUCCUCCAACACCUAUACAGAACGACGCCAUGACGACGAGAAGCGGUAGAACUAUCAGCAGCCGGGCGCACAGGGACACCCCAGUGCUCGGCCCACAGGCAUCGCGCAUCGAGAAGUCGUCACCUCGACCAUCGAGGGGGGCAGCCGGCGGAGGAAGCCGGGGCGCUGGCGCCGCCCGAAAGACGAAAAAGAGGAAAGGGAAGGGAGGGGCCGGGGAUGAGCCGGCGGUGGUGCUCGAGGCGCCGCUGAGCGAGCUCGUUAAGGAUGUCUCGAACGUGACGGACACUAACAUCGAGGAGUACGUGAACCGGUCGCCGGACGUACGGCAAGCCGAGGUGCGCGACUCGAAAGAGGGCAAGGUCAAGCGGCCGAUGAACGCAUUCAUGCUGUACCGCAAGGCCUACCAGAACCGCACCAAGGAGUGGAAGAAGCAUGACAACCACCAGGUCAUAUCCCAAGUCUGCGGCACCAGUUGGAACAUGGAGUCGCAGGAGUUGCGCGACCAGUACGACGCGUGGGCCAAAAUUGAACGCGCGAAUCACAAACUCGCCUUCCCCGACUACAAGUUCGCCCCGGCCAAGGCUAAGAACAAGAAGCUUGUUCCCGGCGGCGCAGGAGCAGACGCAGGCGGCCGCGGCAGCAGUAGGGGGGGCACCGGCGACUCGGACGACGGCUCCGAUCUCGAGGGCUAUGAGUGGGACGUCAGCGCACCACCGUCGCGCAAUGGGUCGCGGCUCGGCAGGCCCUCAUCUAUAUACGAUCCGGACGCCGAGUAUCGGCCCCCAGGGGUGGCGCGGCCUGCAUACGCGCUCCACCACCAGUACGCAGCACACUCGCCGUCACCGCACCCAGCGCGGCUUUCGUACGCACUCCACCAGCAGCAGCCACCGCCAUUCCAGUACGCAGGGGUCGGGCCCGGGAGCAAGCCGCGGCCGGGCGAGUACAGCACAGGGCUCGGGUAUUACCACCACCAGCAGGCGAGCGGAUACCCCCAACACCUCCCAGCGUACGCUAGCAGCAGCAGCGGUAUGGCGCCGUCCCAUGCCCCGGCCUUCGUCGAGGGUAUAUACAUGAACAAAGCGAACAGCUCGCCCGCGACCUCGUUCCACGGCUCGCCGGUGGACCACUACGGGGAGAUGAUGGGGCCGGGAUACGGGCCUCCUCCUCCGCGCCCGGCCUCUCACCUGCACGCAUCGCUCCCUCCGGAGCCUCCACACCACCACCACCACCAGAUCGAUCCCUCGCUCAUGACGCAGUCCGGUGCCAGCGGCAUCCACGACGCGUACGACGCGCUAGGGAUCUUCGGCGGAGCUUCGGCGGUGGACCAGGGCAGCGACUACGGUGGCCAACACCCGCACCGGCACGCGGCGGUGGCGGCCGACACGGCAUUCCGGGCCCACGACGGCAGUGGAGUGGGGCUGGGGGCGGUAGCGACGACAGACCCGUGGCAAGAUGACCCUCUCGCGGCGGCCGCCAGGAUCGACGACGGAUGGGAGACGUUAGCCGCGGGUGCCGACUUCCACCUCGACGACAUCGACGGCUUGCUCGGGACGACAGACAGCCCGGGGAGUUAGCUUGGAGUCCUUUUUCUCGGAGGGGCCCUAGAUACCUAGCUGCUAGGGUUUGAGAGGAGAUAUGAUGACGCGAGGAAGACACGGGAAAUAUGAACAAGUAAGAGGAGAGGGGAGAGGAGAGAGUGUGUGUGUGAGUCUCGAACGUUUUUAAAGGGGAAAGGGCGUAAGAGAAAUAAAGGUGGGAGUUUAGGUUGUAUUUAAAUCGUAUCUGGUUCUCGUGGCUCUUCCACAACCUUCAUUCUUGUGA